AUGGCUGACUGGAUCAUCGCUGAACUUCAGUAUAAAUCUGAAGCGUUCAAAACUGAUGGUAUUAUCUCUGCUCUUACCUCUGGUGUUUUCAAAUCCGACUGUCUUAUUCCCGCGUCCGUCAAAGAGUCACUGAAAGCUGCAGUUGCUCGUCUUGAGCAAGUACACGAAGCCCAAAAGGACUACCACCCCCACAGCAAAAACCAGGUCCUUGACCUUGUCCAUCCUUCUAUCUUCCCCUUGGAUGGCAUCACUAAAUCUGGAAUUGGUGAAAUAAUCCCUAUUCCAAGUAAGUCAGAAACCAAACUUGCAAGCGAUGCACUGAGAUUUGCGCAUUCUUUGCAUAGAAUGAAGUGCCCUUUCAGCGACAAGUUUCAAUGGCUCCCUUGCGGCGUAGCAUUUGGAUCGACAAACAAUCCUAGGAAGGAUUCCCAUGCACAGAAUCCUUCAAUCGAAUGCACCAUCACCAGUUAUAUCAAUAACCUGCAUCCCGAUAAGCACAACGAACUGUAUGGAGUUCUUGAACAGCGGAUUGACUAUACCAAAUGUAUCUAUGAACCAGAUCCGGAUAACAUACCAGAGAAGGAUCGGCCUCAAAGACUUCCAGAUGAAAAUAAGGAAGCUUACCAGCAACGUAUUGAAGAGUGGGGAUGGGAAGUUCGCAAGGUAGCGCAACCCGAGCCGGGGAAAUUCGUCCCAGAGGAGAAGGUAAAUUCCUACGAUGAUGACAAAAAGCCUUUAGAUGAACGGAAAACUGUCAACCUUCAGAGAGAUUACGGAAAGACUGGCCUACAAGUCAUUGUGAAACUCACAAAUAUUCAUCUUACUCCCGAAAACAAUAAAUAUGACGGAGGUUCAUGGCAUGUUGAGGGCCAAUUGAACAAACACAUCUGUGCUUCAGCACUAUUCUACUAUGACAGUUCUAGCAUAACUGAAAGCCGCCUUGGGUUUCGCCAGAUGGUUAGCUUUUACGAUGCUGAUGAGGUUUCCUACGAGCAAGAUCAUCAUUCUUGGCUGAAGGAAGUGUUCGGAUUCGAGGAUCAGGAGUCUACUGUCCAGGAAAUUGGCAGCGUAUUAUGCAAAGCAGGACGCCUUGUCACAUUUCCAAACUCGCUGCAGCAUCGUGUACAUCCUUUCGAACUAGAUGAUCCUACCCAACCAAGUCACCGAAAGAUUCUCGUGUUGUUUCUUGUUGACCCAAACACUCGCAUCAUCUCUACGGCAAAUGUACCAGCACAAAGAGCAGAUUAG